AUGCCACCAAAAUACAUACAAGCAUCUGUCAUUAUCUCGAUCGGUGGUAUUCUAUUUGGUCUUGACACGGGCACCAUCGGUCCUUUAACAGUGAUGCCUCAGUUCUACGCAACUUUUGGUACACUCUCAUCAACCGUCCACGGUCUUGUUGUUUCCACAAUCCUCAUACCUGCAGCACUCUCCUCGAUGUUUACCGGCCACUUAGCCAAUGCCCUCGGUCGUUUAGCAGCUACUGCAAUUGGCUCCUUCAUUUUUGGUAUUGGCGCAGCCAUUGAAUGUUCAUCUUUUCAACUCGCUCAACUCUUUGUCGGUCGUGCCAUCAAAGGACUUGGCGAAGGAUUUUUCCUAAGCACAUUAACUGUUUAUAUCACAGAGAUAUCACCUCCUUCCCAAAGAGGUACUUUAGCCAGUCUUCCACAGCUUGCUACCACUUUGGGAUGCCUUGCAGGCUAUUUUAUGUGUUAUGGGUCUGUGGAAAUAGGAUCAAGCUUAAGUUGGCGAUUACCUUUUGCGGUACAAGCAAUUAUCGCAUUCUUGUUCACAGCUAGCACUAUGUUAUUCCUACCGCAGAGUCCAAGAUGGUUAGCAGCAAGAGGAAAGUUUGAGGAAGCGGAGCGAGUAUGGUUACAUCUCGCGGUGCCUGAGAAGGAGAGAGAAGGGGUGAAACAGGAGGUAGAUGAUAAUGAGAAAGCGGAUCAGGAAGUUAAGACAAAAGACCUAUUUGCUAUUUUCGCACCCGAUGCGUGGAAGAGGACAGUUUUGGGUUUAUUCAUGAUGGCAAUGCAGCAGGCGACUGGGAUUGAUGGUGUCUUAUAUUACGCACCUAUGCUCUUCCAAGCUGCUGGGUUAACCUCAUCAACGGCCUCAUUUCUUGCCUCGGGUAUUUCCGCGCUCCUAAUCUUCCUCACUACCAUUCCAACCUUCAUCCUCGCCGAUAAAUGGGGUCGCAGAACUAGCACCAUUGUUGGCGGCGUCGGACAAUUCAUCGUAAUGUUCAUCAUCGCCUCUCUCUACGCUUCCGAUUCCGUUCAUUCCUCUUACGGCGCUGGUCGCUGGGUCGUUAUCAUCUGCAUUUAUCUAUUCGCGAUUAUAUUUGCUGCAACAUGGGCUGUGACGUUCAAAGUAUACGUUUCUGAGAUUCAAAGUGCUAAAACGAGGGCCGGAGCAACAAGUCUAAGCUUGAGUGCUAGUUGGGUAGUUAAUUGGAUAAUAGCAUUCACGACGCCUAUAUUCCUGGCGAAGAGUGCGAGUGGAUGUUAUUGGUUGUGGGGAAGCGCGGCCCUAGUGACAGUCAUUGUGGCGAUAAUCUGGAUGCCAGAAACGAAGGGGAAGAGUUUGGAGGAGAUUGAUGCUAGUUUUAGGAAAAGGGACAUUAAGGGCACUGUUAGUGAAAGUGGGGUUGUGGAGUUGGGGCCACUGGACGGGUUGGGAGAUCAGGAUGAGGAUACUUCUGAAAGGGCCGACAAACACAAUAUGAAAGUUACUUCGAGGGUUGUGGUCGAUACCGCUGCUUCGAGUUCUCUUGUGUAG